AUGAAUUAGAAUUGCAAUAUACCUGAUCAUGAGACAGAUGUGGAAUUCCUUUGCACCAAUGAAUAAUGCAAAGACUUUAGAGUAUUUUGUUUCAAGUGUUUGCAGAAUGAAAAACACAAUACUCAUAUAAAAGAUGUUUAGAAGAUAAAAGAUUUUGGAAGGUAAUAAAUAAAUAAAAGCGAUGAAGAUUUAAUUUUUGAUCUCGAGAAAAUGAUUGACCACAUUUAUCAACUAUUUUUUACUUUAAAGGAAGAAUUAAAAUUUGGUUGUUAGAUAAGUGAAGAGGAGUUGAAUGGAUUGAAUUUAAUUCAAUUGAACGACUUACUUUGUUCAAAGAUUAGGUUUCGAAAAGAGAAGCAAUCUCUAAUAUCAACGAUUUCAAAGAGUGCUGAAAAUAUGAUAGAGACAAUCUAUACUGGUCUUAAUGAAUUCUCACAACAAUAAUUUGAUCGUCCUGGUAAAAAAGUAAAAUAGGAAGUGAAGAGUUUAAAGUAUGAUUUGAUUGAUUCAAUUCAGGAUGAAUAAAUAAAUUCUUUCGCUUUCAAUUAAGAUGGUUCUAUGAUGGUAGGAGGUUAUGAGUCAAGCAAAAUUUAAGUCUUUGAAUUUAGCAAGGGAUAAUUAAAGAUGAUAUAAUAGUUGAAUUGCCACAAGAAGAGCAUCUAUUGUCAAUAUUUCAUGAAACAAUCAAAAGAAUUUUUAUCAGGCAGUUGUGACAAGACUAUAUCUAUAUGCUAUUUAAAUGGUGAUUCAAAAUGGGACAUUAAACAAAGAUUAGAAGGACAUUAAGGAGGAAUUAAUUGCUUAUUGAUGAAUAAAAACGAAGAUCUUUUAAUAUCAAGCAGUGAUGAUAUGUUGAUUAAAUUUUGGGCAAAGGAUAAAGAUUAAUGGGAAUGUGCUUAAACAAUAGGAGGACAUUCUAGUUUUGUAAGUUGCAUAAGCUUAAAUGAAUCUGAAAAUCAACUAGUUUCUUGUUCAAAAGACAGUUAAAUUUUGAUCCAUUAGUAUGAUUAAGAAUAAAAAAUGUGGAUCGUAUAUUAAACACUCAGGAUAAAAUAAUGGGGCAGAAGACUAUGUUUUAUUAAUGACGAAAUAUUAGCUUUUUAACCAGAGAAGAGGGAAUAAUUGCAUAUAUAUCAGUUAGAUAACAUAGAUAAAUAGUUUGUGAAGACAAAAGAGAUCUUAGUUGGAGUAGGAAGCGAAAGGAAAAAGAAUAGAGGUUGUUUUUGGUUCUUUCCUUAACAGUAUGUCUAAUCUAAGUAAGUAGUUUUAAAUAAAAAUGGAUGUUGUGUUAAUCUAAUUAAGAAGGAUCAAAAUGAUGAGUUCACUACUAUAUAAUCAAUAGAUUUCUAAACUAAAGUUAUAUUUGGGAGAAUGACAGAUGAUGGUGAAUAUUUAAUCACUUGGGAUGAUAGAUCAGGUUCUAUUUAAAUCAGAUAAUAUGUGGAUUGA